AUGAAAAAUGCAAUUGCAAGGGUAUUUCCAGGAACCCGACAUAGAUUGUGUUUAUGGCACAUUUUGAAAAAGCUUCCAGAAAAGUUUGGUGCACAUUCACAAUUUGAUGGCAUUAAGAGUACCUUACGAAAAUGCGUGUAUGAUUCUCAAACACAUGGUGAGUUUGAGGAAAGCUGGAAAACUCUACUUGUGACUUAUAAUCUUGAGGAUAAUGAUUGGUUGCGUGGGUUAUACAAUGAGAGGGCUUCUUGGAUACCAGCAUAUUUGAAAGGGGUGUUUUGGGCUGGAAUGACUACUACACAACGGAGUGAAAGUAUGAACGCUUUUUUUGAUGGAUAUGUGCACCCGACCACCACAUUGAAACAAUUUGUUGACCAGUAUGAUGGUGCUUUGCGUAAGAAGGUUGAGAAUGAGAGGAUUGCUGAUUUUAAUUCUUUUAAUACUACAAUUCAAUGUGUAGCAGUUACUGAUGCUUACAUGAAACAUGUUAAAUUUUGUGUUUGCUACAAUGGCGAUGAAUGUGAAUUAAAAUGCAGUUGUGGCCGGUUUGAAACUAGAGGGAUCUUGUGCAGACAUGUCUUUUCUGUACUUAGCGCAUGUAAUAUUACAUCGUUGCCACAAAAAUAUUUUCUUGAUCGUUGGAGGAAUGACUUGAAGCGAAGGUAUACUUUCAUUCAAAGUAGCUACGAUUCUUUGGGUGCCAACCCUAUUGCUCAAAAGUAUGAUGACUUAUGCAAAGAUAUGCAUAAAUUGGCAGCGCUUGCCGUAACAAAUGUGGACAACUACAUGGAAGCGACAAAAUAUGUUCAUAUGUUAAUGGACAAAUUUAGUGGUUCAAGCUACGAACCUAGUCCACCCUCCCAAGCACUUGUAGGUGCAUCUUCUACAUGUAAUAAAUCCAUGGAUGGCGUGGAAAAUAAUAAGGUACGUAGUCCCCUCGCGGUUCGUGGUAAAGGUAAACCAUCAUCAAAAAGGAAGAUGUCUCCGGUAGAAGAGGUGGUGGUGAAGAAGUAA